AUGGCUGCCUCUGCCAAAUCUCUGGAGGAGGACCUGUCGUGCAGCAUAUGCUGUGACGUCUUCCGGGAGCCCGUGCUGCUGGGCUGCGGUCACAGCUUCUGCCGGGAGUGCCUGAGCCGCCACUGGAGCUCCAGCCAGGGCCGCCGCUGCCCCGUCUGCCGACGUCCCUCGCCCCAGGAGCCCGUCCCCAACAUCAGCCUGAGGAGCACCUGCGAGUCCUUCCAGCAGCAGCAGCAGCAGAAAGCCUCUGGGGAAGCCCAUCAGAGGAGGCAAGGGAAAAAAGUGGAGGAAAAGGAGGAAGAGAAGGGGGAAAGGCUCUGUCUUCAGCAUAACCAGAGGUUGAAAUUUUACUGUGAGACAGAAGAGAAACUCAUCUGCUUACAGUGUAAGAAGGGCGAGCACAGGGGUCAUCUUGUGUUGUCUGUGCAAAAAGCAGUGAAGCAGCGCAAGGAAAGUCUGACCACUGCCUCAAAGCUUCUGAGAGAGAGACUGAAUGUCCUGAGGAAAGAAUCAGCUGCAACAGAACACAUAAAGGCUGUUGUGGAAAUGUGUGAGAGGCAGGUUCGGCAAGACUUUGCAAAGUUCUUCGCCUUCCUGCAAGAGGAACAGAGGGCGCAACUGGAGGCUUUGUGCGAUGCUGGGAUAUCAGAGACCCAGUUGGCAAGGGAGGCCUUCAAGACUGAGGCCUCCCUCCUCUCCGACCAAGUGCAAGAAGUAGAUGAAAUGGUGCAGAGGGAUGACAUCACUUUUCUGCAGGAGUUCAAGGACUUCAACAUCACGAUGAGUACACAGUUUUAUCAAGCUAUGCCUGAUGUCCGCAGACAACUUGGCAACCUGAGGUUCAAUGUCUGGAAGAAGAUGAAGGAAGUUGCUCCCUACUACCCCGUAAUCUUUGAUUCCAAGACCCCUAUAUGUGGCAUCAAUGUGUCAACUGAAUGGAGCAUCAUGGCGAUUCCAGUCUCAGACCCUUCCUCUCCACAGCCUAAGCUCUUUGCAUUUGUUAAGAGUUCCAAGGCUCUCACUGAUGAUUGUCAUGUUUGGAAUGUUCACAUCAGUGACUACUCAGACUGGGUGGUGGGCGUGACAUCAAAUCAGCACAUUGGCCGUGAUUCCCUUGUUUUUGCCCCGUGUUGCAAGUACUGGGGUAUCCAGCGGAUCCGAGAACAAUACCUUGCCCUCACAUGCCCCCCCAGCCCUCUCAAGAUAGCCUCAACCAGCCCCCUCAAGGUGCUGAGGGUCAAGCUGACUUGGGAUGUUGGCCGCCAUGGAUGCUCUCUUGGAUGUCGUGUCCGGAAGUUGACAUUCUCUGAUGCUCAGGAUGCCAGGGGAUCGGCCAUUUUCAGCAGUUUGCUGCCUCACCACACAGGGGCGCUCUACCCCUUCCUGUUCCCAUGUGGACAGGGGGCUAAGCUGAGCCUUGAGCCUGCUGAGGUGAGGGUGAAGGUGAGGGAGGUCCUGGGGUUCUGGGAGCGGUAUAGGUAUGAGGUCAUCAUCUUUGCAUUGCUUCUUUUGGCCAUAUUUGUUAUGUUAGCUUACUUUUCAUCAUAAUGUUAUUGUUGUCAUCUUGCUUUGAUGCUUCAAUGUCAUUCGCCUUAUUCACACGGCGGCCAUUACCAGGCUCAGGGGUACACUUGCCAUUACACCUCAGUCCAGCAGAUGGUGGUGGUAAUAAACUCCGUUUGCAAACUGGCAAAAAUAAGCUCACCGAAAAAGAAGGGUUCACUGGCCUGUUCUUCUUCUUCAGUGAGUGUU